AUGCAUUCUCAUAACAACAGAGCAUUUUCUCAAUCAAGAACCCAUUCGCCUCGUGUUAAGAAGAUGAAAAAGAAGAAGAAGCAAUAUGGUGGCAGAGCAACCUGCUCGCUCCUUCCCUUGGUUGAGCUCUUUGAUCAAACUGAAUUGCCCCUGCGCCAUGGACAAGAAAAUAGAGGAUGUAGUAAGAGCGGCAAGGUCUUCGGAAGGUUACCACUGGCCACUGCCUUGUAUAAUUGCGAGUGCCUCAAGAGAUUCCAUGUCGACUACGACGCAACAGAGAAGUUAAUAAGUUGCAGAAGCGAAGAUAUCUGCAAGUGGAAGUGGCGCUGGCGGUGGUGGGAGCCAGCCGGACGAUCUAUCAGCUCACAUUAUCUCAAAGUCAAGAGCCAGGACGGUGACGAGGUGUUCUUCAAGAUCAAAAAAGGAACUCCACUGCGAAAACUCAUCAAUGCUUAUUGUGAUCGAACAUCGCAGAACCCAGAGUCCGUUGCUUUCCUUUUUGAUGGACGCAGAAUCAGGCCCGAACAUACUCCUCGUGAACUUGAAAUGGAAGACGGCGAUGAGAUAGAUGCAAUGCUGCACCGGACUGAAGGUGGAAUUCAUUAGUUUCUCUAGGGAGAAAUAAUAUAUGCAUUGAAUUUUAGUUGUAGUUCAGUUUGAC